CGGCGGCGGCGGCGACGGCGGGGGGAGGCGGGCACGGAGGAGGAGGAGGAGGGGACGGAGGAGAAGGAGGCAGCGGCGGCGGAGAAGGCGGCGGCGGCCCGGCGGGCGGCUUGGUGUGGAAUGCAAUUAUGGCUGGCACGGCGGAGGCGAGCGGGGACCGGAGCCGGUUGACUGGACUGGCCAUGCCCACGAUGCCCUGAAUGCGGAGUGCAGAGGAAGCAGAGGAGAGUGUUUCCCAUUAGCUCCUCCUCCCUCCCCCACCCCUUUAGUUUGGGUUUGUUUGUAUUUAUUUUGUGGCUGUGUUUGGGCAUGGCCUUGGCUGGAUGUGAGGCUGCUGCAAUGUGGCUCCUUUGGCUCAAGCACCACUUGUCCAUCCACAUUUGGACCUUGCUGCUCUUAGGGAGCACCUGGCUACCGCUGGCGGCAGGCAGCCCCAAAUCUCCCUUUAGGACUUUCCCAGUUACAGACUGGAGCUUGACACACUUGGUGGUCCAUAACAAAACUGGGGAGGUCUACGUGGGGGCUGUCAAUCGGAUCUACAAGCUCUCCAAUAACCUCACGCUCCUGAGGACCCACGUGACAGGGCCCGUGGAGGACAAUGAGAAGUGUUACCCUCCGCCCAGCGUCCAGUCCUGCCCGCACGGGCUGGUCACGACCAACAACGUCAACAAACUGCUGCUGGUGGACUACUCGGGGAAUCGGCUGAUCGCCUGCGGCAGUGCCUCCCAGGGGAUUUGCCAGUUCCUGCGGCUGGACGACCUCUUCAAGCUGGGCGAGCCCCACCACCGCAAGGAGCACUACCUCUCCAGCGUCAACGAGUCGGGCACCAUGUCCGGUGUCAUCAUCGAGGUGCUGAACGGGCAGAACAAGCUCUUCAUUGGGACGCCCAUUGAUGGGAAGUCGGAGUACUUCCCCACUCUGUCCAGCCGCAAGCUGAUGGCCAACGAGGAGAACGCGGAGAUGUUUGGCUUCGUCUACCAGGAUGAGUUUGUCUCCUCGCAGCUCAAAAUCCCCUCGGAUACACUCUCCAAGUUCCCCACCUUUGACAUCUACUACAUCUACAGCUUCAGCAGCGAGCAGUUUGUUUACUACCUGACCCUGCAGCUGGACACCCAGCUGACCUCUCCCGACUCCACUGGGGAGCAGUUUUUCACCUCCAAGAUCGUCCGCCUCUGUGUGGAUGACCCCAAGUUCUACUCCUAUGUGGAAUUCCCCAUUGGCUGCGUGCAGGACGGCAUCGAGUACCGGCUGAUCCAGGACGCCUACCUGACCAAGCCUGGCAAGGCUUUGGCCAAGUACCUGGGCAUCUCAGAGCAGGAGGAUAUCCUCUUCACCAUCUUCUCACAGGGCCAGAAAAAUAGGGUUAAGCCUCCCAAGGAGUCUGUGCUCUGCCUCUUCACGUUGAAGAAGAUCAAGGAUAAGAUCAAGGAGCGUAUCCAGUCAUGCUACAGAGGGGAAGGGAAACUCUCCCUGCCCUGGCUCUUGAAUAAGGAGCUGGGCUGCAUCAACUCGCCGCUGCAGAUCGAUGACAACUUCUGUGGCCAGGAUUUUAACCAGCCCCUGGGAGGGACUGUCACCAUCGAGGGGACCCCUCUGUUUGUGGAUAAGGAGGAUGGCAUGACCUCGGUGGCUGCCUAUGACUACAGAGGACAGACUGUUGUCUUUGCGGGCACACGGAGCGGGAGGAUCAAAAAGAUCCUGGUGGAUUUGCCAGCCGAGAGGAAGCACCAAGCUGUGCAGUAUGAGAACGUGGUGGCCCACGAAGGCAGCUCCAUCCUGCGAGACCUGGUGCUGAGCCCUGACCGCCAGCACAUCUAUGCCAUGACUGAGAAACAGGUGACGCGUGUGCCGGUGGAGAGCUGUGAGCAGUACGAGAGCUGUGAGCUGUGCCUGGGCUCCCGGGACCCCCACUGCGGCUGGUGUGUCCUGCACAACAUCUGCUCCCGCAAGGACCGGUGCGAGCGGGCGGACGAGCCGCAGCGCUUCGCCUCGGAGCUGCAGCAGUGCGUGCAGCUCACCGUGCAGCCCAGGAACAUCUCCGUCACCAUGUCUGAGGUCCCGCUGGUCCUGCAGGCCUGGAACGUCCCAGACCUGUCAGCAGGAGUGAACUGCUCCUUUGAAGACUUCACCGAGUCCGAGAGCCGCAUUGAGGAUGGGAAGAUCUACUGCAGCUCUCCCUCUGCCAAGGAUGUCAUCCCCAUCACCAGGGGCCGCGGGGACAAGCGAGUGGUGAAGCUCUACCUGAAAUCCAAGGAGACGGGGAAGAAAUUUGCCUCUGUGGAUUUUGUUUUCUACAACUGCAGCGUCCAUCAGUCGUGCCUGUCCUGCGUGAACGGCUCCUUCCCCUGCCACUGGUGCAAGUACCGCCACAUCUGCACCCACAACGCUGCCGACUGCUCCUUCCUGGAGGGCCGUGUCAAGCUCUCUGAGGACUGCCCUCAGAUCCUGCCUUCCACGCAGAUCUACAUCCCCGUGGGUGUGGUGAAGCCCAUCACGCUGACGGCCAAGAACCUGCCGCAGCCGCAGUCAGGGCAGCGCAACUACGAGUGCAUCUUCCACAUCCCGGGCAGCACCACGCGCGUCACCGCCCUGCGCUUCAACAGCACCAGCAUCCAGUGCCAGAACACCUCGUAUUCCUACGAAGGGAAUGACAUCAGUGACCUGCCCGUCAACUUGUCUGUGGUCUGGAACGGGAACUUUGUCAUUGACAACCCCCAGAACAUCCAGGCCCACCUGUACAAGUGCUCGGCGCUGCGGGAGAGCUGCGGGCUGUGCCUCAAGGCCGACCCGCGCUUCGAGUGCGGCUGGUGCGUGUCGGAGCGGCGCUGCUCGCUGCGCCAGCACUGCCUGCCCUACGAGAGCAGCUGGAUGCACGCCAGCAGCGGCAGCAGCCGCUGCACCGACCCCAAAAUCACCAAGCUGUUCCCUGAGACCGGCCCCAGACAAGGAGGAACCCGUCUGACCAUCACUGGCGAGAACCUGGGCCUGAAGUUUGAGGACAUUCGCUUGGGUGUGCGAGUGGGCAAGGUGUUGUGCAUCCCCAUCGAGAGCGAGUACAUCAGCGCUGAGCAGAUUGUGUGUGAAAUCGGAAAUGCCAGCCAGACCAAGAUGCAUGAGGCACGGGUAGAAGUGUGCAUCCGUGACUGCACGCCCAGCUACCGGGCCAUAUCCCCCAAGACCUUCACCUUUGUGAUGCCCACUUUCUCCCGUGUUGUCCCAGCCCGGGGCCCUCUCUCUGGUGGCACCUGGAUUGCCAUUGAAGGCACCCACCUCAACGCUGGCAGCAACGUCUCCGUGACAAUUGGGGGACGGCCCUGUGCUUUUUCAUGGAGAAGUGCCCGUGAGAUUCGCUGCAGGACCCCCCCAGGGCACACCCCUGGUGGCUCCCCCAUCCUCAUCAACAUCAACCGAGCAGAGCUGAGCAACCCAGAGGUGAAGUACAACUACACAGAGGACCCCACCAUCCAGAAGAUUGAUCCUGAAUGGAGCAUCAACAGUGGUGGGACAUUGCUGACUGUGACUGGCACCAACUUGGCCACCAUCAAAGAGCCCAGGAUCCGGGCCAAGUACUGCAGCUCUGAAAGGGAGAAUAACUGCACUGUCUACAAUGACACCACCAUGGUGUGCUACGCUCCCUCCAUUGACAACCCUGUGCGGAGCCCUCCCGAGCUCGGCGACCGCCCGGAUGAGAUCGGCUUUGUCAUGGAUAACGUCCAGGCCCUGCUGAUCAUCAACACCACCAAUUUCGUCUACUACCCAGACCCUGUCUUUGAGCCACUCAGCCCCACAGGGAUGCUGGAGCUGAAGCCCAGCUCUCCCCUCAUCCUCAAGGGCAGGAACCUGCUCCCACCAGCUGCUGGGAACUCCCGCCUCAACUACACGGUGCUGAUUGGAGACACUCCCUGCACCCUCACGGUGUCUGAGACACAGCUCCUCUGCGAGUCCCCCAACCUCACUGGCCAACACAAAGUCACAAUCAAGGCUGGAGGGUUCGAGUUCUCUCCAGGGACGCUGCAGAUCUACUCGGACAGCCUGCUCACCCUGCCCGCCAUCAUCGGCAUCGGCGGCGGCGGCGGCCUGCUCCUCCUCAUCAUCAUCAUUGUCCUCAUCGCCUACAAGCGCAAGUCCCGGGAUGCCGACCGCACCCUGAAACGGCUCCAGCUGCAGAUGGACAACCUGGAGUCCCGGGUGGCCCUGGAGUGCAAGGAGGCCUUUGCUGAGCUGCAGACAGACAUCAACGAGCUGACCAACGACCUGGAUGGGGCUGGCAUCCCCUUCCUGGAUUACCGCACCUACGCCAUGCGGGUUCUCUUCCCGGGGAUAGAGGACCACCCUGUGCUGAAAGAGAUGGAGGUCCAGGCUAAUGUGGAGAAGUCCUUGACCCUCUUUGGUCAGCUCCUGAACAAGAAGCACUUCUUGCUGACCUUCAUCCGUACUCUGGAGGCACAGCGGAGCUUCUCCAUGCGGGACCGCGGCAACGUGGCCUCGCUCAUCAUGACAGCGCUGCAGGGCGAGAUGGAGUAUGCCACAGGGGUGCUGAAACAGCUCCUGUCCGACCUCAUCGAGAAGAACUUGGAGAGCAAGAACCACCCCAAGCUGCUUUUGCGGAGGACAGAGUCAGUGGCAGAGAAGAUGCUGACAAAUUGGUUCACAUUUCUGCUGUACAAGUUUCUGAAGGAAUGUGCUGGAGAACCACUCUUCAUGCUCUACUGUGCCAUCAAGCAGCAGAUGGAGAAGGGACCCAUUGAUGCCAUCACAGGAGAGGCUCGCUACUCCCUCAGUGAGGACAAGCUCAUCCGGCAGCAGAUUGACUACAAAAUGCUGACCCUCAACUGUGUGAACCCUGAGAAUGAGAAUGCCCCAGAGAUCCCUGUCAAGGUGCUGAACUGCGACACCAUCACUCAGGUGAAGGAGAAGCUGCUGGAUGCUGUCUACAAGGGUGUGCCCUAUUCCCAGAGACCCAAAGCUGGAGACAUGGACCUGGAGUGGCGGCAGGGCAGGAUGGCCCGCAUCAUACUGCAGGAUGAAGAUGUCACCACAAAGAUUGACAAUGACUGGAAGAGGCUGAACACCCUGGCCCACUACCAGGUGACAGAUGGCUCCUCUGUAGCCCUGGUGCCCAAGCAGAACUCAGCCUACAACAUCUCCAACUCCUCCACCUUCACCAAGUCCCUCAGCAGAUAUGAGAGCAUGCUGAGGACAGCCAGCAGCCCCGACAGCCUGCGCUCGCGGACCCCCAUGAUCACCCCCGACCUGGAGAGCGGCACCAAGCUCUGGCACCUGGUGAAAAACCACGACCACAUGGACCAGCGGGAGGGCGACCGCGGCAGCAAGAUGGUCUCUGAGAUCUACCUGACCCGUCUGCUGGCCACCAAGGGCACCCUGCAGAAGUUUGUGGAUGACCUGUUUGAGACCAUCUUCAGCACAGCUCACCGUGGGAGUGCACUGCCCCUUGCCAUCAAAUACAUGUUUGAUUUCCUGGAUGAACAAGCUGAUAAGCAUCAGAUCAAUGAUUAUGAUGUCAGGCACACCUGGAAGAGUAACUGUCUACCUCUACGUUUUUGGGUGAAUGUGAUUAAGAACCCCCAGUUUGUGUUCGACAUUCACAAGAACAGUAUUACUGAUGCCUGCCUAUCCGUGGUGGCUCAGACAUUCAUGGACUCCUGCUCAACUUCUGAGCACAAGCUAGGAAAGGACUCUCCCUCCAACAAACUACUGUAUGCCAAGGACAUCCCCAACUACAAGAGCUGGGUAGAAAGAUAUUAUGCAGAUAUAGCAAAAAUGCCAGCGAUCAGUGACCAGGACAUGAGCGCGUACCUGGCGGAGCAGUCACGGUUACACCUCAGCCAGUUCAACAGCAUGAGUGCCCUGCACGAGAUCUACUCCUACAUCACCAAGUACAAGGAUGAGAUUUUGGCUGCGUUGGAGAAGGACGAGCAGGCCCGGAGGCAGCGGCUGCGGAGUAAGCUGGAGCAGGCGAUCGACACAAUGGCCUUAAGCAGCUGAGAAGGCGGCGGCGGCGCCAGCGUCCGGCAGCAGGGCGGCAGGACGGACGGACGGACAGACGGACGGAUGGACAGAGGGAGGGAGGGAGGAAGGACCGGCCAGCAGCAGCUGUGGGCACAAGACUUUGGGGCUGGGACCGGCCGGGCCCGCGGGAGCUCCCCACGGCCACCCAGAGAAACCUCGCGCUUAGCGGAACAAACCACGAACCCCGAGGGCAGCAGCAGCAGCAGCGUCCAUGGAACUCCCUGAGCCACAGAGCAAGCCCUGGCCCCACGGCAGGCAGCAGGGACCUUGCAGAGAGGCCAUGGGGGCAGAGGAGAAGGGGCUGGGCUGCCCCACGGACCUGCUGGGCGCCCCUGGCCCGGGCAGAGCCCCUGAGCCCGCACAGGAGGGUUGGGACCGCGGGGCUUCCUAGGAAGGCGUUUGGAUGUUGUUGUUACUUUGGUGAAGGGAGGGUGGGUGGGCUCCUAUUUUUACUGUACUUGACUUGCUCUCCCUUCCUUCCCCCCAGCUGUCCACCCCCUCUCCUCCUCCUCCUCUCUCUUUUUCUGUCUCUGCCCCCUUCUCUCUCUCUCUCUGGCCUUCUGCCACUAGUGUUAACUGCUAUAUUUGCACAAUUUACACGAGACAAACAAAAUUUUUAAUUUAAAGGGAAAAAAAUUAUAACAAAAAAUUGGAGGGGAAAAGUAUUCUGAAUUUUUUGCAACAAACUAACAAAAACGAUUUUAAGAGAUAAGCUAAAGAACUGAUGCUGGGGAGAUUUGGGGUUGGGGCUUUAGGGGUGGGCAGGAAAGGGAGCUUUGAUAUUUCUAAAAUAUGUCCUGUGCCAUGUUUUAUUUGAAUGUUGUUUAGUGCGAAAAAAAAAAUUGAAGAAAAAAAAGUUGGGAGUUUUGUUAGCUGGAUAGAUGCUGUUAUUUUAAUGCUGCUGAGUGGUUCUGGAGGUCAAAAUCAGAGAGGAAGGGAGAUCCCAAGGCUGGUUUUUCUUUCCUGGGUGAUUGCUGAGGGAUGGUUGGUGUUUUGUUGAGCUUGUCCUUGUUUUCCCGGUUUGGUGGCCGUGGGCUGGUCUGGGCAGUGCUGCCUGCUCCUGCCUGUCCUGGGAUGAUGUGGGGUGGAGGAUGGCUGUGGGGCCUUGGGGGCUGUCAGGAGGGUUGAUGGAGAGCCAGCCUGGCUUCUUGUGUCAGAUUCUUUGGCACUGGAACCGCCUUAACAAAGCCCCUUUAGGUUUAUUUUUGCCCAUCAUCUUUUUGUGCUGAUGCAGGGGAAGAGAGCAGAUCCCCAGUGAGAGGGGAGGCAGCUCCUCUGCACUCCUGCCUGGGAUCCCCCUGGCAAACCCCACUGGGCUCCGAGCCCAUGCAGGGACGGGGAUUCUGGUUGCCAUGGGGCUGUCACCUGCUCUUCCACCUGGGGAGCCCAAAUGUGUGUAGAACCUUCCACCCAAGAUUGACCUUUCUUUCUCUGUCUUUUCCUUCUUUCUCCCCCUUUCUCUCCUUGCUGUCACCCCAUCUCCCCUCCGCUGCCUCUGCCCUGACGGGGCUUCGCUGGGGACCUGAGGUCUCUCCCUCAGCUUCCCCCUUGGAAAUGUCAGUUCCUCGUGGGUUUGUGCUUUCCAGAGAUGAAAAGGUGCUGAAUGCUGCCCUGAAGGGCAGCAGGUGACCAAAAACUUCCAAAAAAAAAAAAAAAGCAAAACCCUUUCCUUUUCUGUACUGAGAGCUCCUGUCACUGCCCAGGCCACAGCACAUGGGGCCACACUCUGCCAGGAGCGGAUGGCUGUCGAAAUCCAAGUGGAGAGAAGCCCAGCUGAUUUCUGUCCAUUCCCUUAAAUUGCAAGUUAAGGGGGGGAGAGGGAGAAAUAAUGAAGUUUUUAAUUAAAAAAAAAUAAUAAAAGUGUGUAUAUAUAUAUAUGUGGUUACAAUCUAAUUCUCGUGCCCCAGUGGGGUGCUGUAUAGUUAACUGAAGGAGAAUUGAACCAAUAUAAAAAUGAGAUGAAUUUACACAGCCAGUUAAAACAAAACAAACAACCACUGCAAAAAAAAAAAAAUUAAAAAAGGAUACCAAAUGGUGUGGAAGGAACUUCCAAGCCUUUCUCGCCAUGCAGAACAACCGUUUGAAGCCUGCACAUCUCUCAUUAUGUUGUAAUUUUGUUUGGUUUUGUUUUGUUUUAAUAAGGAGGGAAAGGAGAGAAGAUGCUGAUUAAAAAAAAGAAAAGAAAAAAAAAAGAUGACAAAAGAAUCCAACCACAACAGCAAAACUGUUUGAAAAAGAAUUUAUAAUUGUUUCCCAAACCUACGAACCCUGAGCUGUCGCUGGAUUUCUGAGAGCUGUGGGCUGUUGCAUGACUGUGCUAGAUUUUAGUCUGAGUUGAUCUUUUUAAGAAACAGAAGAAAAAAACCCAUAAAACAAAGAAACUGCGAGUAUUGAAUAUUAGA